CUCUCUCUCUCUCUCUCUCUCUCUCUCUCUCUCUCUCUCUCUCUCUCUCUCUCUCUCUCUCUCUCUCUCUCUCUCUCUCUCUCUCUCUCUCUCUCUCUCUCUCUCUCUCUCUCUCUCUCUCCCUCCCCUCUCUCGCCCAGUCCCAGCUCUAACCCUUCCUCCGCUCCUUCUCUCCUCCCAGCUCGACACAGCCUCACCUGUCCUCUCACCUGUCGCCCGUAAGACGCUCGGACGGACGCUGUCUUUCUCAAUACUUCGCAAUUAUCAGCCUUAUUACCAAACUGGAUUAUUACACGUCCAGACUUCAUUCCUCUGACUCCACCAAACGGGACCAAACGUUUUAACGCCUCACCAAAACUUUGAUUAACGCUUUAUGUCAGAAAGGGAUCAUUCGUUUUAAGGUUCAGGGAUUCGGUGUCCUUCAAGUACCUCAGAGCGGUCGGACGUAUGGAGAGUGAACUUUAGCCGGAGCAGCGUUCAGAGUGAUGAACUGAGAGUGAGACUGAACGGAUGUGAAGAUGUCCCGAGGGGACGGAGAGGACUGCGUGUGUUCCGUCGGGAUGAAGUUCACCUGGGACAUCAACGACCCCAAACUACCUCAGGAAAUCAAGCAGUUCGAUCCUUUUCAAGAGUGGACAGACGGUUACGUCCGCUUCAUAUAUAACGGUGAAGAUAAGAACGCACAGAGGCAUUUGUCAGGCUGGGCGAUGAGAAACACCAACAACCACAACUGCCAGAUCCUCAAGAAGUCGUGCCUGGGAGUUGUAGUUUGUUCCAGAGGCUGUACACUCUCUGACGGUACCCGCCUACAACUCAGACCCGCCAUAUGUGACAAGGCUCGGCAGAAACAGCAAAAGAAGCCCUGUCCCAGCUGUAACGCCAGCCUGGAGUUGUUGCCGUGCCGCGGCCACAGCGGCUACCCGGUCACCAACUUCUGGAGGGUGGACGAGACGUCCAUCUUCUUCCAGGCCAAAGGAGUCCACGACCACCCUAGACCAGAGUCCAAGUCAGAGACGGAGGCCAGACGGAGCUCUGUGAAGAGAAGAGUCAGCUCUCCGUUCACUCAGAAAAGACAGUGUUUGGGCCCGGCGUUGCUGUCCUGUGUUGACACUCACACUCCAGAUCGCUUGUCCUUUCUCGGCGAGCCAAACUACCCCCUCCAGCCACAGCACUACCCUCCAUUCCAACCGGAACCUUACUACAAUACCCACAAUGCUCUGGGAGAGGCCCCGCCCGCCUUGCAGAAACCCACCAACCCGAGGCUUUACAUGCCUCGGCCAGGGUGUGGCUAUGAGUUCCCCGGUUACCUGGGGUCGGGAAGCUACGCAGCUCCACUCCACAGAGACCCGGCAGCCAAUCACAGCUCGGAUCUCUGUGAUCCACGGGUGGCUCCGGUCCUGGGCUCCUCUUCCUCCUCCUCUUCCUCGUACGACCCCCAGGGCACCAAGGGCUGGAGGGACCUGCUGAAGAACGCCGCCCCCUAUGGAGACAACCACUACUACACCCCGGAGUACCCCUGCCGUUACCCUAGCAACGCGCCCGGCUCCCCCGCCGCCCUGCAGACCAUCAUCACCACCACCACCAAGGUGUCCUACCAGCCCUGCCCCAAGCCGUCCCCCGCGGUGCCGGGCUACCAGCCCUGCCCCCCGGCCAAAGCCCCCCUGGGCUGCCCUUCCUCCCUCCCCGAGGACUCCUCCUCCUCCUACUCCACGGAGGUCAAAGUGACCGAAGAGUCCGGCGGGGUCAUCAAGUCGCUCUCCUUCCAGCCGGACCCCCUCCACGCCAAGACGGAGCGGGGGGAGAGCUACGACUACCGCUGUCCCUAUGGCAACGCGUACCGCUACGAUGAAUACUGAACACCGCCAAUGUAACAUAUACUUCAAAACCUACGGCUACUACCGAUACAUACCGAAUACUACUCCUACUAACUACAAAGAUGAUAGUGUUGAGUAGCAUGGCUGCUACUUAUACUACGACUAGUAAUUCUACUGCUACUGAUACUCCUACUAUUACUUCUACUACUGCUGCUAGUACUACUAUUAGUACUACUGCUACUGCUAUCACUGCUAAUACUAAUACUUCUAGUCCUGCUACUAAUACUACUACUGCUGCUACUGCUAUUACUAGUCCUACUACUUCUAUUACUACUGCUACUAUAUAGUGAUAGUUAUUACUUUUACUAUAUAGCGAUACUGUAAAAACGUAUACUAUAUAGUAAUACAGUCAUAACUUUUACUCUAUAGUAAACCAGUAGUAACGUCCACUAUAAAGUAAUAAAGUAACAAUAACUACAUUUCAAAGCUUUAGACAAAGUGGGGAGUGCUUGCCUUCCUCCAUCGAUGAUUUGACGGACCAUACUUCUAGACAGAGUAUUAGGAGCCAAGUCUGAGUAAACCAAGGACUGGAUUAUAGGAUCAAAGACUGUCUGAGUAAACCAAGAAUUGGAUUGUGGACUCAAAGACUGUCCGAGUAAACUAGGGACUGGAUUGAGGAAUCUAAGACUGUCUGAGAAUACCAAGGAAUGGAUUGUGGAAUCAAAGACUGUCCAGGUAAACUAAGGACUGGAUUCUGGUAUCGAACACUGAACACUGAAACAUAAAGUUGAAUUCUACUGAGAACAGACUGAAACAAUUUUACUGUUCUGUAUUUAACAUGUCUGAUACGUUUCUGCCUUGUAUGAUCUUUAUGUUCUGGGUCGAUCUGAGUAUGAUUUACUACACCCUAACAGGAGCCAUAUCUAGUGAACGAAAACUCAGAUUGGGCACUUCAAGCAGAGACUAUGAAAAACCUGGAGGAGAUAAAAGCAUACAGACAUGAGGACGCCUCAAUGUAUCAAGGACAUUGGAAUGAUGCAAGAAGAUCCAUCUGAAUAAAAUAUAUGAUGAACCCUGUUAUAAUGAAUCCCAUUGAUCCUACAAACAUACUUUUAAUCCUACCAUCACCCCUACCAACCGUACUGGAACGAUGCAAGAGCCCUACGAUCUCAGCGGACCCUGGAUAACAGGAUCCAAUCAGUGUUGAUCAAGAAGAUUACUAGAAGUCAAGGCUGAGACCGAGCAGGCACGAAUGUUUCUUCUAAACAUGUUUCACUUGGUUUCAACUCAACCGAUCCACCAGGAAUCCUCCCACAGCCUCAAAGAGAUGGCUAACCUAACCCUAAAAUGGGUGUACUUUUCAGGCUUAAAGUGAUAGAUAUAUCAUCAUCGGAAUGGGCUCCUCAAUCAAACUUGUACUUUUGCAAUGUACCAGCAAAACGUGUAAACCUGUACCAGCAAACACACUUAAUGUAGCCGUGAAAAACAAGCAGACUCUCCGUCUCUGUCAUCGAGACAGAACUCCUGUCGCGGUUCAUUUGAGUCUGCAGCUAUAGUUCAAAAGGUAGUCAUGUAAGUGAUCAAAGGUAGGAUGUAGAAGACUGUCUGUGAGUAAUAAAUGUUGUUUUGACAAGA